AUGUCUUUCAGACGGGCACCUCUCGUGAGCCUCGCUCUCACGCUGUUGCCGUUGGUAGUGGCUGACGACCACCCCUACGUCGCCGAUUCAGUGUGCGACUGCUACUUGACCAACUCAUCAGAGAGCUAUUUCAGCAACCAUUUGUUCUUUGACUUCCGCAACCUCGGCCAAUACGCCGGGGUCCCAGAUGCCCUCACCGACUGGGAUGCGAGUGCCAACGCAAACACAACGUCCGACUAUUUCAACUCGGACGCAUGGGGCGCGAUAUGGGGUAUCCAGAACUGGAACAACACGGACCGCAAGGGGAAAGACGGCAACGAUGCCACAGUCAACAUGGUCAACUCGCCCAACAACAUUUACAUUGAAAAGAACAACGACAAGGACGCGACCUCGGACACCUUUAUGAGCAUGCGUACCGUCCGCUUCGAAGACUUCCAGUCCUCGGCCGAGAUGGAGUCCGUCUCCAUGGGCUACCACUUCGUCUCGGUCCGCAUGCUCGCCCGCACCCUCGGCGACCCGGGCGCCUGCACGGCGCUCUUCACCUACCGCGAGGCCGACAAGUACGCCGACGUGCAGGAGGCCGACAUUGAGGUGCUGACCAAGGACCCGGACGACCGCAUCCAGUACACCAACCAGCCGUCAUUCGACUCGAGCGGCAACACGAUUGACAAGUCGACGCAGAACGGCACAAUGCCCCGGGGCACCUCGUGGCGCGACUGGGCCGUCCACCGCCUCGACUGGGACGCAAAGGACAGCACCUGGCUCGUCGACGGGUCCGAGACGUCGAGCAUCGCCUUCCAGGUGCCUCGCGACCCCAGCCGUGUCAUGCUCAACUCGUGGAGCGACGGCGGGUCGUGGUCUGGCGUCAUGGAGGUCGGGCACUCGGCCGUCAUGCAGAUUCAGUGGAUCGAAAUGGUAUUUAAUUCCACGGAAUCGUCUUCGAAGCGCGAUGUUCUCGAUAAGAGCUACCACCAGGCUGCUGGGCUCGGUCCCAGGGGUCACCUGGACCGCCGCCGCGGCGAGGGCAAGUGCCAGAUUGUGUGCAGUAUCGAUUCGUCCGCCACCGUUGGCGAAGCUGUGAUGCUGCACAAUGGUACGGCGCCGGGCCAGCUUUUGGGACAGUCGAGCGCCAUGGCUUUCUGGGUGCCUGUGGCGUUGAUGUCGGCCAUGUUUUACCAGUUGUGGGCGUGA